AUGGGAAGAAGACCUGCACGUUGCUAUAGAUACUAAAAGGGUAAGCCUUACCCCAAGUCAAGAUAUUGUCGUGGUGUCCCAGAUGCCAAGAUCAGAAUAUACGAUAUCGGCAAAAAGAGAGCUCGCUUUGAUGAGUUCCCCUACUGUAUUCACUUGGUCUCAGGAGAGAAGGAACAAAUUACAUCUGAGGCUCUUGAAGCUGCCCGUAUUGCCUGCAACAAGUACAUGACAAACAAGACAGGUAAAGAAGGUUUCCACAUGAGAACCAGAAAGCACCCAUGGCACGUUAUUAGAAUCAACAAGAUGCUUUCAUGCGCUGGAGCCGAUAGACUUCAGCAAGGUAUGAGAGGCGCCUUCGGAAAGCCAUACGGAAAGUCAGCCAGAGUCAACAUUGGUGAUAUCAUCAUUUCCAUCAGAACCACUGCUCCCAACGUUCAACACGCCAGAGAGGCUCUUAGAAGAUCCAUGUUCAAGUUCCCCGGCAGACAGAAGGUUGCCAUCAGCAGAAAGUUCGGAUUCACUAAGUUCACCAGACAAGAAUUCCACAGACUCGAGAAAGAGGGUAAAAUCGUCCCCGACGGAGUCAACGUUAAAGUUAUCACCAACCACGGUCCCUUAUCCAGACUCGCUAUGUUCAGAUCAUGA